UUUUUUUUCUCCCUAUAGAGUUCGAAAUUGAUUCUCUAACUGAACAGCUACACUCAUGAGACGUUAUUCUUGAAUGCCACAAAGGUAGCAGUUAUUCUUUGAAGUUUGGGACGAUUUUCCAUCAAUGAUUGUUAGUGAGUUGAAUUUGAUGCAGUGCAUAAAGAGUUAUUGAAACUUAGUGCACAUUGUUCCUAAUUACUAUGAAGCCUAUUUGAAAUGCAGGAUUCGAUUAUUAUCUUAUGUAUACUGAUGAUAUGGUUUGUUUAAAGACCAAUGAGUACACAGAAAAGAUGAGAUCUGGAAGAAUCAUCCAAAUUUCCUGAUGAAGAUGAAGAUGAGAGAACAUUUUAUCGGGAAAUACAUUUUGAUUUUCAUUCUGGCAUUUAGUGUGACAGUUCGGUCUCAGCUUUACCCAUGGCAACGAAGGCAAAUAGGUCCCCCGCCAAGAAGUGGAUAUUUUCAAAAUGCAAACAGACCACCUGUAGGAAGAUUUUCUGGAAUAUAUGGGUCUUCUUCAGGUCGAGCCUUACCACCAUUCAGGGGCCUCCAGAAUAAUCAACGUCAAAUAAUUUCAUCCAGCAACAACAGAAGACCAAUAGUGCAUAAUGUUUUAAGAACGCCCCCCACCCGAGCUGCUCCUUUGAGACAAAUAAGACCAGCUAUCAUAACAAGAGUAAAUACACCACCAUUUGUUAGAAAUAAUCAGAAUUUUCCCCCAAAUCAUGCAACACCUCACCCAAUCUUACAGAAUCGUAAUGUCCUUCCUCAUCCUAACAAUAAUUUUCAUCCAGCAAAUCCCAUCAGAAGUGGUGAUUCAUUUAAUAGAAGAAUUCAAAAUAUUUCACCGAAUAUCAAUCAUCCAGUUUCUCCCAAUAAUCAGAUUCGUACUAUGCCAAGGCUGGCAACGAGCUCAAGACCAAGUCUCCAACCCCCUGCAGGUUAUAAGAUAACAUAUUGCAAAAUGUUUAACUCCACACAUCAGUUAGUAACUUUGACACCCCUGCAACAGCCAUCUCCUCAAGUAAUUCGCAGAGUACCUUAUUCAGGUAUUCGUAAUAAUUAUUCACCAAUUCAAAAUAAUAUCAUUCCCCGAAGACAACCUGCAAAAUAUGUCAUGGUACGCACAGAAGAUUAUGUAGUUUGUUCUCAUCCCUCACCUACACCUAGUACAUUUCCUGUUCAUGUUCAGUCUGGUCGAACUAGUGUAAUAAGACCGAACUCUGUACUGGUUCCUAAACCAGCAUUAACUACUGUUUCACCUUUGGUACAUAAACAAUUUAUACCAUCUGCCACACGUACGUCAUCUCAUAAUGAACAGUUGCCAAGACAAGUUCCAAAUCGUGCGUCCCUGAAUACUCGCAAUUCAAUACAAACACGUAAUCGUGUACCGUAUAGAGGCCAAAUAAACAGAUCAUUUAGCAAUUUUCAAAAUAAUCGCAAUAUAAACACAAAUUAUAUGGCCAAUAGGCCAUUCAGACCCAGAAAUAUGCCUCGUAAUCCUGUGCCAAAAUCUGCAUUCAAUUUUAAACCCCCUGUGCCAUAUUUAAGGAGAAAUAUACCUCAUGCGCCCAUUUCAAAUUAUUUCCCUUCCAACAAGGCUGGUGUAAAAAAUUAUCCUCUUAACAGAAAGAAUCCAACAAAUAUAUUUAAUCUACCAAAUGCAUUUUCCGUUCUCAGUGAUACUACAACGGAAUUGAGUAACUUAUUCAGUGAUUUUCUUAAGACAUUACAAAAACUCCAAGUGCCAACUUCAACUCCACCACAAUUAAAUCGCAACACAAAUACACAGACUUCUCGAGCACAGAAUAUCAAUCGUGGUAUUAAUUUAAGUAAGGGUUCUAAUGUACGCACAAACCGUCCGAAGACUGUAACCAAAACUACAGCUCGUCCUAGAUCAACCACUUCAACAAAAGCAAAUACAACGAAUAAACCUCGAUCAACUACGACUACGUCCAGACCGCGUACACAGUCUCCUCCUCCAAGAAGACAACCACCACAGCGUAGACCACCUCUACGUCGUAGACCUCCACCAUAUCGCAGAUAUCCACCAGGUCGAAGACUUCCGCCAGGUCGCAGGCCUCCACCAGGUCGCAGGCCUCCACCAGGUCGCAGACUUCCGCCUGGUCGAAGACCUCCACCACGACCUGUACAAAAUGAAAGAAUUCGUCUUUAUAUUCCGCCAUCUCUCAGGAAGGAAAUUGAUUCGAACAAAGAUGAGCUUUUGAAGCUUGAAGAAGAAGCUCUUGAAGAAGAAGAAGAGAUCGUAGAAAUUGAAGAAGAAAAGGAGGAAGAAGAAGAAGAAGAGGAGGAGGAGGAGGAAGAAGAAGAACAUAACAAUUCGACUAAACCAUCUCCAAGACGUAGAAGUGUCCGAAGUAAAAGCAAACCUCCAAAUCUAGGCAUUAAAAUACCACGGCGCUUCAGAGCCACAAGAUCUUUACCUUUUGAGUGAGAGAUUUUGUUAACUUGUUAAAUAUUUUGAUCACUAUUUCCACGAAAUUAAUUAAUAAUGUCCUUUAUUUGUAGUAUUAUGAUUUUAAUGUGUGUUUUACUCUGAAUCAAAAGGAAGAGAACUUCUAAAGACGCAAUUAGGCGCAUUUCAGUUUUUUUUUUCCUUCUUCUUUGAAGGAAAAGUUUGCUUAGAUAAUCGCAAUAGGCGAAAAAAAUCAAUCAAACAUUUAAAUUUCAAAUUUUUUUCUCAUGAAUUUUCAAAGAUUUAAAUUUGGAGGACAUAUGCAUGUAAGGAUUUGAAAAUUCAAGAUAUUUUUUAAUUUCUUAUGAUCGAAAUUCAUAACGAGCUUAAGGGUGUUAUUUUUCACUUGAGGAUUUAAAUAAAAUGUUCAAUUUAUUUAUAACUGAA